CCUCAGUUUGACAAAAAACUAAGACCUAAUUCAAAAAUCGACGCCGGUCAGUCGAUGUAGUUUCUUUUCCUCUUUUAAACAAAAAAAGAAUGAACUCUCUACGACAGACCGCUAUUAAAAAUCUUGGGACGCACUUCAGGUGUGACUCUUAUAUAGAGAAAAAGAUGUAUUAAACGCUGUAUGAAAUACUCGAUUUUAGGACUUGUAGAAAAAUGUCUGUAACUUUUUGAUGCAAGGUCAAACAGAGUUGUGCGAGGUCUUAUUUUGAUCAGAAACGUUUGCUCUACAAAGUUGUGUGUUCAGAAAAAUUUUAAUUGCAUACGUAUCCAGGAAAAAACUAUUAUUUGAGGACCCGGUUUUUCGAGGAUCUCAGAAAACUUGCUCAAAAUCCCCGAAAAACCACUUUUGUAACCAAAAGCAAUACUGAUUCUGGAAGUAGACACUUCAGGCUAUCUUUCCAUGUGCGUAUCUCAAAACCGAUUUUUUGACCGAAAAUCACCAUUUCUGAGGGGGGACCCUUAAUUUUGAAUCAGGAUGUAAAAAACAAAUCGCAACAUCGAACAUCUAACUAGAGUUUUUUUCUAUAAGCGUUCACGUCGACGCAUCGCUAGAUUUCAUUUUCAAGCACUUUUGUUUUUGCAAACUUGACCAUUAUUGUGUCUUUUAAAUAAAAUAUUUUUAGACACAAAAUUUUCAAUUUUUGAUUAAAUAGCAUAAAGUCAGAAAAGAUUCCAGAACACAGGGUAGAAUUAAUCCUGUUCACAAAAACUUGAAUGAAAAAGGCGGGGAAUAUUUAAAAAAUGAGGCAUUUUCUUCCUCAAGCAACAUAAAAAACGAUCAUUUAGAUUCCGAUUUUCCUUUUUCCCUAGCUCUGAGCUUUUUACUUUUAUCUGAGAAUCCUGUUUUAUACGUAACAGAUCUUCAUCUCAUGUCUGAUUAUUUAGCAUCGUCAAGAGACUUUCAAAGCACCCUAGUGAGUGGAAAUAAUAGCACACCAAACCUCUCACGUCAUUCAAAUAAUCAUCGCGUGUGAUCUUCAAUGUUUCGAUCCUCCACUCAAAUCUUGCGCGCUUCAUUCUACCUAGACGGGUCAAAUGUCGGCCUAAAUAAAGAAGCAUUCGGGAUCAAAAUUACAGACGAAAUAAAAAAACUGCUUUUCAUAAUCAACACUGUACUUUUGACUAAUCUACAUUACUUUAUACAAGUUUUCGUAUACGGAAACAAUUGUGCCGUUUAUCCAAUAUCAAAACUAUUUCUGUCCGAUUAAAAAAAGUAUUUUAUUCUAUCUGUAUUUUCUGAAUGCUAUAAAAAUUUUGCGUAUGCUUCUGACAAGUUCUUGGCUCGUAUUGAUGAAGAGAACAGUAUUGCUUUGAUUUUCUAAAAAGAACCAAUUGGACAAGCGCUAUCGAUUUUAAGAACGAUAAAUUUAGACUUGAAUACUAUGGUUUAUGGGCUAGAGUAACGGAUACAUCAUGUGAAGUACUAGUAUAUUAACCAAUAUCUAUUAGUAGAAGGAAUACGUGUUCAGCUAGUAAACUAAUUUCAGAUCCUAGUGAUUGAUGUAUUUUAGAUUAUUGGGCUUUCACACAUAACGGUUAAAAAUAUGUGUGGUUCUAAAUUAAUGUUUCAAAAGUAAAUGUUAGUCUGAUUAUCUUUUCAUUUUCUAUUAUCAAUUUUACUAUAUUAUUACGAAAAAUGUCAAAAUUCGACGAAGAUGAUUACUGGCAACACUCAAGUAUUAGAGAUAAAGUUAAACAACAUGAAAUGUUCGAUCUCGAUAGAGGACAUACGAUGGAGGUGAGUUAAUCUAAUGCGUAUGUUAUAUAUGAUAUUCUUUGGAGAAUGUCAAAAAACAGCUAAUAUUGUUAAACUAAAUAUUUUGUUACUUUUAGAGAUUUAAACGAUCCGAUCCGUUGGCAGGAAGUCAAAUGUUAUACUAACUAAUUGACCAACGUAAGGAAAAGAUAAAUGUUGUAGUGGAUGAAAGGUUCCGUUUUUGUGCUUGAAUACUGGAUAUAGUUAUAGUUAAACUUUUUUUUUUUGGCAUGAGAAUGAUAUAAUUUUGAGAUCAAUAGAAAGUACAGAUCACGAGCAAUUUAUUCCAAAGUUGAUACUAUCCUUUCGUCUUUAAAAAGUAAGUUAAAUCUUAUGUUUACUUUUUACCAAGCAAAGGUAAAAAGAGUCUUUUACUUUUAAUUGGUAAAAAGUAAAUAAAUUUCAUGGUGAUAUCCAUAGUUGUCGAGUUUUUGAUCUAUAAAGAGCACUUUCCUUAAUUAAUAAAAGUUUUCUUUUUACUUUUUACUUCUGUAAAGUAAAACAUUUUACUUACUUUACCCGGCAAAGUAAAAAAAGUAAAAGUAAAAGUACCACUCCUACUAAUCAUAUUAAUACGGAUCUCAUGAGUCCGGAAACAAAUAUUGGAGCUGAUAAGUCAAGUAUCGAUCUAGAACGCAUAUCUAAUGUAAGACAAUGUAGUCUUUCGGAUACUCUACUACAACUCUUCAAAUGAAGUAUAUGAAUGACGGAUUACAACGACGAUAAAUCGAAUGAUCGAAUAUCGAAUACGGCGAUAAAUCGAAUAUGCAAUGAAAAAAGUUCGUAUAGUGUUUGAUACUAAUUCUACAAUUGACGAUGGCUUUAGCUCUAAAGAUCUUCAAUCAUUUCAUAUCGGGAAUGGUAUAUAAAGCCACUUGCUCAACUUGUGGUGAAAAAUAUGUUGGACAAAUCAGCCAGCAUUUCACCACUCGAGGGGACGAAUAUUUAAUCGAUCUAAAUAAGCUGUUAUCAUCUAAUUCACCAGUGCUAACAUUGCGGGCUCGACUAGUUAAAUCGUAUACAACUCAACUAAAACCUUUUCGUCAACAUUCUAACCAAUAAGUAGUUUUAGAACCGGUAAGUCAGGCAAUAACUAAUAGCAAGAUCUUUGAAUGCCGUACAAAUACUGAGUCGAGUUGGUUUUGAAUGGAAUUAGAAGAAACGAGAGGAUAUCUGUUCCUAGUCCAUAUAAAGCAUAUGAAAUCAAACUCUUGAUCUAAUAAUUUAUACGUCGAACACUUGUAUGUAAAAUGAAAUAAGGGAUGGAACAACAUCAUCCGGGUUCCAUAUUGGACACAACAGGACGAACACAUCAUCAACUUAUCAUCCCCAAUAUUUAUUUCCAGACUCAUGAAAAGCGUAGUGAAAACGCUUUUCAUUAUCGGACAUUAAUAUCUCUGCUAGUAGGUCUGCAAACUCAUGCUCACAUCUUCGACCUGCUCAUAUAUGUGACCAUUGAGAAAAAAGUGAGAAUUUUUUCCCACACUUACGAUCAGCCUUCCGAAAGCUCACAAACCUGAAACACUGAUGAGAUUUGUAUUAGUUGCUUAAGUUAAUAUGAUUAGUGACGACCAUCGCUAGUGAUGUUAUCCUGUUUUGAGAAGAUAAUGUCAGUUUUUUCAAAUAUAACUUAUUUUUGAAAGUAUAAUAUCUCAUUUUUAAUCGAAAAAGUUCUUACAUUCUGUUUAGGCGUGUUAUAUAAGAACAGUAUAACAAUUGAUUACACUGUAGUUAUUCUUGAUUGAAUAAAGUUUGAGAAUAAAAAAAGUAUCCAAGUUAUUGUAUAUCGAGUUAAUAUUAGUAUCAACUAUAUUCUACAUAAAUUCCAUUUUUAGGAAAAAAUAAUAGAUUCGAGUCGUCUGACAACAGUCGCGCAACAGAACCACUUUCAGCUAGAUAUAAGAGUACGUUGAAAACUGCAACGACUUCGCCAGCGGCGGUCUCAGAGAUAAAAAAUCAAAGAACUAUACGAACAACUAUAUAGUCGACAAGUGCGAGAAAUGAUUAUACUACACCAUAUAAUGAUCAAAAACAUCCAGAAUAUACGUAUAUCUAUACACAACCAAUAAUAGUUUAAUUUUAUUCGAGAUUGUUCAUUGAAUCUAAUGAGAUAACUUCUUUUUUCAAAAAGUAGAAGCACUCUGUUAAUCAACUGCUCGAUUUUUUGAUUUUUGUUAUUCAAGUUUCGUUAAACUAUCUCAUGGAAAAAAAAAGCAAGGUUGAUUGACUGAUGUAACUAGAAUUUCAUAGAUUAUUUUUUUAUCGAAGUCUAUAGGUGAUCUGAAUAUUAAAAAAUCUAAUUCACAACCUCACGUCACAUGGCAGAAGUGUAGUGUCUAACUUAAACGUCGAUGAGAUCAUAGACGACAGAGAAUUUUGAAACUAGGUGAGACUCAAAAUAAUUUCUUCUCUUUCCCCCCCGUUGACUUUUUACCAAAAUGUCAAGCAGAAUAAAAAAAACAACAGGCAAAUCAAUAAAAAAUAGAAAUAAAAAAAUACACCAAAAAACUGUUUUCUCUGUUAGUUCUUGGAUACAAAAAUAGAACAAAUUCUGUUAGAGUCAAGAGAAUUUAUUCUCUGUUCUGUAUAGACGGGUCAAACUAUGUGUUUUAACGAAAUGUUAAAUCCCCCAAAAUCAGAUGAGGCUUGAGCCUUUUCAGCUUCUUGAGUCCACUGCCUAUGAUCAACAUUGAUCAAGGAUCGAAUAUAAAUCUGAGAUACUAACACUUACUAGUAUGUGCUAGAGUAUAUUGAUUAUUCGUUAAGCAUGUCGUUAUCUGACUGAUUGAAUGAUUUAUUUUUGAUGUAUUUGACGGAUAUACAAAUAACAAGAGUAAUAUAGUUUCUUUCUUCUUUUGUCGACAAUUAACCUUUUUGUUUGUAAAAAUGUGUAAAGAACAAAGGAAGAAAAUAAAAAUAAAGAAUGAAUGAAUGAAUGAGUGAUAAGAUUCUCCGUACACUUAAGCGACUUUUGAUAUUUACUGCAUAUAGGUUAAAAACAUAGAAUAAAGUGAAUAAAAUAAAACACUGAUAAAACAAUUAAUUUUCUUCUUCUUCUUCUUCUUGUUCAUGGCUGAUCAGAAUGAGUUUGUGAAAAAAUCUCAUAAUAAAAAAUUGUUACUUAAAGUUGGUAAAAAAUCUGAAAAACUUGAACAAAAUUUAAGUAGUCAAACAUCAGCUAUUUCAUCUUCAUCAAUAUCAAUACCAUCAUUAAACGAUUUUUCUCAGAAUAACAAUGAAGUGGAAACUCAUUUUCGAAGUGGAUAUAUAUCGAAUGAUGAUCAUGUGUCAUUAAAGCACUCUUCCCAUGAUAGUUCAGAAAAUCGACAUAAAAAGGCUAGCCAUCAUGUACAGAAUGGAAGUACACAAUUCGAUUCUGAAAUGAAAAUCAAAUGUAUAGAGUUAAUGAAAUCUAAAAAUGUAACAUUAUUAAAUGAUGUGAGAGACUUUGAUGCUAAAGAAGCGCUACUACGUCAGGCUGUAGAGAUCAAUACGAUGAGCGUUACUGUACCAGUAAUCAUUUUUUUAGAAAAUACACUGUCACGUUCAUUAUUCUUUGAAUUGAUCAAUCAACAUCCAUCAGCAAUCAAUCACUACAUAAAUAUGUGUAAAUUACGUUUAGAAAAAGAAUAUUUUAUUGCCAUGUUAAAACAAUUGGGAAAACACGAAGAUGCUGCUAUGCUUCAAAUUCGUCGAGCAAGUCAAACGAGCGAAAUUCAAACAAAACAAUCACGAUCCUAUGGACGAAUUCAAGUUGAAAAUCGAUCAUUACUACAUACAUUUAAAACUGUUUAUAAUUCAGAUUUUCCAAAAUCUGACAAAAAUGAAUCUAAAGAAUUAGAAACAAAUUUUAAAAUAUCACCAGAAUUGUCCAUGUAUGUUAAAUUAUCGGUAAUAGCUGAAAAUGGAAUCGCAACACAUUAUCAAGAAUUUGUAACGACAGCUAUUCAACCAGGUAUAUUAAAACAAAAACAUGUAAUUUCUCCACAUAUACUUGCUGAUAUGGUCUACAGUGCAUCACGUGAUUCUGGUGAAUCUUCUGAACAGGCUAGUGACAGAGCCAAAAGAUUUCUGACUAUGAUAGUUGAUCCGGAGAAACGUGUUUUCUAUGCUGAAAAAUUUGGUAAUUAUGAAGUGGCAAUCGAUACAAUCGUUAAUCAUUUGAAAGAUCGUACAAAACUGGAGAAUUUACGUAAACGAAUGCCAAAAGAUCAUCCAGCUAUAAUGAAAGCCACAACAUUCUUAGAAAUGCCAAAAUGGAAAAGUUAA